GGUAAUUUUAUAAUAAAGAAUGGUCCCUAACAGGUAAAACAAGACGAUCAGGAAAUUUGCUGUUUGACAGACUUUAUGUAGAUCUAAUAUUGCACAGAGAUCUUUCUACACACUAAUGGAACAUUGGAUCGAUGGACAUUCACCGAGCUCUUUGAACAAGUCCACCCGCCGACAGGCAGUUUCUUGGGAAGGAUCUGACAGUUCUAUAUUCACAUUCAUCGUACAUUGGCGUGUUAAAUUCUGGAUAGGACGAGUGGACUUCGCUGUAUACUCAACCGAUCGGGCGAGUGGUUUUUACGUCGUAACUUUCCCAAAUUCAGAAAUUAUAUCACGAAAAAAUACCUGGAUUGGCUGGAACUUACCCGUGAAUCAUAAAGAUAUCAAAACGUCAUGCUGGACAAAAGCACUGGAUCUGUGAACGUAGAGGCAUUUAAGUCCCCACUAACAACAUAUGUUCUACGACUUGGGCCCGGUGCAGAGAUUGUGUCCAGUUUACAGAAACUUGUGAAGGAGAACCAGCUUGAGGCAGCUUUUGUUAUAACAUGUGUUGGCAGUGUUACUAAAGCUAAACUUCGCAUGGCAGACAGUGUAACGAUAAAUACGUAUGAAAAUGGUCAUUAUGAGAUAGUCUCGUUAGUUGGAACAUUGUCUGCUGGGGGUCAUCUUCAUGGAAGUUUCAGUGAUAAGGAUGGUAAUGUGAUUGGUGGUCAUGUAAUAGGAGAUUUGUUUGUGUUUACGACAGCAGAGAUGGUCAUUGGUGACUGUGCAUUAUUAAGAUUUAACCGGGAACACGAUGAACGGUCAGGAUACAAAGAACUAGAAUUAGAGUAUGGACCUGGGAAACAUACCUCUUUGUGUUAUGCACUGGAAUAUUUUUUGGAAAAUGUGUAUAGUUCGUCAAGUUUGAGCUUUGUAAAGGAAGUGCUCAAUUUUGGUGGAAGAUUUUGCAAAGGUGCAUUAGAUUAUGUCAGUUUUCAACAGAAAGGAAUAUGCUGUCAUCUGAGAGCGCUUGAGGAAAAGAUAAUUUUAUAUCAAAGUGCUGAUAAGGAGAUGGAAUUGACUGUCAAUUCAAGGUUUUUUCAUGAUGAUAUGUUGUGGAUCAUUAAAUAUACAGAGGAGCCAUCUUCCCUUCAGCAUAUUUCGCGUGUAGCUAUAAGACGAUGUCUUUAUAAACCCAUUAAUCGUUCUCAGUGUGAAAAACUCAGUUUACCCACUAAACUGCUAAAAUAUAUUAUGCUGGAUGACUGAUAACUUAACACAGAGAAAUGUAUAGCAGAGAGAAAGACAACUAAGAAAGUCAAAUUGAUUUUCAAGCUUUAUGAACUGACCUACCUUCUGGAACACUUCUUAGCUUAGGAUCAUGGGCAAAUAAUUCAUAUCUUUUGUUGGUACAUUUUGUAUUUAUCUUUUGUUUUAGGGUGGAAUAUAUUACAUAAAUGUACUGGUUUUUUUGUU